UCUCUAGCCUCUAUGUUGCCUCUUGUGCUAAAGCUUCUUCGCAACAAAUGAGAUUAGAGCUUUGAAAAUCACAUCUUUGAUAAUGUUUGGACUCGUGGAUUCCUUUACUUGAAGAGAUUCAAAAUAUAGAAACUACAACGAUAAAAAGAAUCACCGGGGAAGAAUUAUUUUGACGACGGCGGAUCGGUGAAUGGAAGCAGUAGUGAGCUCACGAAUGAUGACAUCAAGGGAUGAUCUAUGUAUAUGUUAUGUUAUGGUAGGCUGAAACCCAGGGCAGCUUAAAAUUUUUUCAAUUUUUUUAGUGUAAAUUUUUAAAAUUUUCAUAUUUAGCCCACCCCGCUAAAGUUGAAGUCAAAUAGAAAUAGAAUUUCUUUUCACCCCAGGGCAUUCCGGAAUCCUGAUCCGCCCCUAGAUGACAUUGUCUAUUUGUCUUAAAAAAUUUGAUUAUUUUCCAUCAUUAUUCAUAGAUUUAUGGAAGGUAAACCUAAGUGAACCUCUAACUGAGUCCGAGGAUAUGCACGACGAGGGUUUUUGGUUCCCGAUGAAGGUGAAGAUAUCGUUGUCUUCUAGGAGAUGGUUUUAGAGCAUUUCGUUCCGCAACGGAUUACACUUGUUGCUCUCCUGCGGGAGUAUCGAGCUUCUCCUCUGCCAUUCUCUGCAGAAAAAAGAACACUUCGCGUAAAAACCCAUCUUUAGCAAGACACCACAACACCUCAUCCACUGCCGGCCGGGCAAUAAACUUCACCGCGAACUCCGAGCAUUUUCUCCUCCAACACCUAACACCACCCCACGUAUCUCCAAAGUCUUGCGUGCCCGUGCUUCCUAGGUCAUGGAUACUGGAGGGAAUUCUUUAUCAUCUGGUCCAGAUGGAAAGAAGCGAAAAGUUAGUUAUUUCUAUGACCCAGAAGUCGGGAACUACUAUUAUGGGCAAGGCCACCCAAUGAAGCCGCACAGAAUUCGGAUGACACAUGCUCUUCUUGCACACUAUGGACUUCUACAGCACAUGCAUGUCCUCAAGCCCAAUCCUGCAAGAGAUAAGGAUCUUUGUAGGUUUCAUGCUGAUGAUUAUGUUACUUUCUUGAGAAGCAUAACUCCAGAAACGCAGCAAGAUAAUCUGAGGCAGUUGAAGCGGUUUAAUGUUGGCGAAGACUGCCCUGUUUUCGAUGGUCUGUACUCCUUUUGUCAAACUUAUGCAGGAGGUUCUGUUGGUGGAGCAGUGAAAUUAAACCAUGGGCAUUGUGACAUUGCUAUAAACUGGGCGGGUGGGUUGCAUCAUGCCAAGAAGUGCGAAGCUUCUGGUUUUUGCUAUGUCAAUGACAUAGUGCUUGCCAUAUUAGAGCUCCUCAAAGUGCACGAGCGAGUUCUAUAUGUAGACAUUGACAUACAUCAUGGUGAUGGUGUUGAAGAGGCCUUCUAUACUACUGAUAGGGUUAUGACUGUUUCAUUUCAUAAGUUUGGAGAUUAUUUCCCCGGUACUGGGGAUAUACGUGAUAUUGGAUAUGAGAAAGGAAAAUAUUACUCUUUGAAUGUUCCCCUAGAUGACGGAAUUGAUGAUGAAAGCUAUCAGAUGUUGUUUAAGCCAAUAAUGUGUAAGGUGAUGGAAGUUUUUAAGCCUGGUGCAGUCGUGUUGCAAUGUGGCGCUGAUUCUUUGUCUGGAGAUAGAUUGGGCUGCUUUAAUCUAUCAAUUAAAGGUCAUGCAGAAUGUGUGAAAUACAUGAGGUCUUUCAAUGUGCCACUGCUGUUACUAGGUGGAGGAGGCUACACAAUUCGUAAUGUGGCUCGUUGCUGGUGCUAUGAAACAGGAGUUGCACUUGGCAUGGAGCUUGACGACAAGAUGCCACAGCAUGAAUACUACGAGUACUUCGGUCCAGAUUAUACUCUUCAUGUCGCCCCUAGUAACAUGGAGAACAAGAAUUCCCGUCAGAUGGUGGAAGAAAUAAGAGCAAAACUUCUUGAUUAUCUGUCAAAACUUCAGCAUGCACCUAGUGUGCAGUUCCAGGAGAGACCACCAGAUACUGAACUCCCAGAGGCCAAUGAAGAUCAAGAUGGUGAAGAUGGGAGGUGGGGCCGUAAUUUUGAUGUAAAUGAUGAUGAGCGUAAACAUCUACUUGGACGGGUAAAGAGGGAGAUUGUUGAACCUGAAGUCAAGGGCACAGAUGACAUGAAAAUCGAUGAACGCCCAAGAGAGUCAGAGUCGACAUUAGAUCCAACAAACUUGAAGGGAUCAAGCUCAGGGUCAAUAGCAGCAGAAGAAAACCAUUUGCUGGGGAACUCAAGCAAGCCAUUCAGUCAACCGAUGGAUAUAAAUUUAUGAAUCAUAUCAGCGGGCUCCAUCUAUUCAUCCAAUCAACCAAACUGCAUACUUAAUAUAUUGAAUGGAUAUAAGCUGUUUUUUUUGUCACCGCUGUAAGCACGUUGUCUCAAUGUUAUUAUAUCAUCAGGGAGAAUGUCAUAGAUCAUUCUUACGCCCGGCUUCAUUUUAGGCUGGAUUUAGAUUUAUAACACACGACUACUUCCUCUGGUGUAUAUUGAAAUGUACUACUCCUUGAAGGUCAAGAAACUUGAAAGAAACAAGAAACAUCCUCUUUCAGAAAGAAAACAAAUGUCUAAAAUGUUUCUGAAGGGCUUCACUAAUGUUUAAGGCGUCACCCAUAUUUGCAGUUCUCUAUUAAUUUUAAAAAAUCAUCUCUUCAAAUUGCAA